ACAUACCCAUCAAAUUAUCCAUGUUGGUUUUCGCGGUACUGAGCGUCAGUGAACUUAUUUUAAUUUGUGAAUUUGUAAUUAAUUGAUUUAAAUAUUAGAUUUGUGUUUUAACAGUGGGUGAAAUAUUAUAGGCGUAUGUAUAAACUAAAAUAUUAGCUCCCCUGGCACCAGUUCGAUUGUAUCGGCGUAAAGCUGAUAUGAUGGCGCGCGUGCAGUACAUAGUGGCCUCUUUCUCGAAAUAAAUUCUGACUUUGUGCUAACGAUAUCAGAACGCUGCUACAUUAAAUUAAUGUUUUUAACCCUGUGUAAUUAUUCCAUUGUGAAAAUAAUGCUCAUACAUUCGUACUUGACCUGUCUGUUCCGAAAAAAAGGAAAUUAAGUUUUCGAUUUUGUGAGUUUGAUAUUGUACCAAGGAGACAUCCAACGUUCUAAAUUGCAUAGCGUUAUUGGCUUACACUAAGGUCAUGAAUUCGCACAAUGCGAUGACUUUGAAUGUAGGGUUAUUGUGACGAUUAGGAUCGGUUCGCGAGACUCCAAGGGCAGCUUUGGCCUUUUAUUUUGGAGAUUGGUGGUGAUAAAAUUCAUGAAUAACGAAUUUUGAUACGAUGUAUUAUUUAUUACGUCAGUGAUUUUGUUGCCGUCACAGAUACCGUAUCUUAGUCGAAAUGGAAGAGUCUGAGGAUAAUAUGAGUGCUGAAGAUAUAAAACCAGACAUUAGUUUGUUAGAAAAGCCCAAACCGAAGAAACGGUCAAUCAUUGAAAGAGAAUUGGAAACAAAUUUGACUGCCCGGGUCACUUCUCCAAUUACAAAUGCUGAAGCAUCAAGCACCAGUAGAUAUGGCCGAGCUCGCAAACUUAAAAUCGAUCCAAAUAUCAUUGAUGUGGAGAAGUUUGUACCUAAAAUUGAGAAGUCGCCAUCAUUUGAGAAGACCCCAGUAAGAAACCAGAGUCCAGUUUAUAGAAUGCAUGCUUCUAAUUCUCCUAUAAGGUGUGAAUCGUUUAAAGUAACUCCAGUUGUAUUAAUAGAAAACAAUUUGGACAAUCAAAUAGAAAAUAUUUACCACGAAAAUAUAUCUUUGAGCAGAUUUGGAUCUGAAGAGAAAAAGAUUACUCCAAAUAAAAUUCCUAAAGUUUAUGUCCGCAAAGACUUAAUACAGACAAGAGAAGAAGAAGAGACUAUAACACUUAUAAAGAACUUGUUUUCGCCAUCAAAUGGUGGCGGCAAAUCAAAUUCACAUGUAAAUAAUAUUCUAGAAAGAUCAUCUGAAAAAUAUGUGCUAAAUACAUCUCACUCUGAAAUGCAAAAUGGCUAUGCGUCUGUCGUGAAAACUCUAGAUUUUGACAGCAAUAAGAAGAAAAAGAAAGAACAUAAAGAUGGAAAGACAAUGUCUAAAAGUGAAUUAUUUGAAAUGGAAGCAAAAUGUGAAUACCAGGUUGGUGACCUGGCGUGGUCUAGAAUGGGAACAUAUCCGUUUUGGCCAUGUAUUGUUACAAGAGAACCCUUUAAUGGAAUGUUUGUUAAAAAGAAGUUAUUUGGGCGUAUAGAACGCGACAUCAUUCACGUGACCUUCUUCGGCGACAAUGGGCGUCGUGGCUGGAUCGUAGACACCAUGCUGAGGAAGUUCCAUGGCCAACUCGAGUUUGAGGCCACUAGGGAGCAGUUCACCGCAGCUGAUAAGAAGAAAGACCCAAGAUUGUAUGCUGCAUUCUUUGUGUCAGAGAAGAAACAACCACAAUGGAAUAUAUCUGUGGAAGAAGCUGAAUCGUUGUUUAGAGAACCAAAGAGACUACGGAUAGACAUCCUUAAUGAAAUGCUCAUGAACAACAGAGCUGUAAAAACCACUCCAAAAAAUAAUAAAAGCGGUAAAAUUACCAGAACAGGCAGCGAUGUGUCGCUUAGCGAGAGUUUGUAUGACACUUUGUUCUCUGAAGAUGACGGAAAAGAUGAUUCAGAUAGGUCGCGAAACAAAUCGAGAAAUAAGUCGCUUGAUGUGUCCGAGGUGGUUACAGCAUGUCUAGAUAACAUGGCUGCAAAGACUGGCAACAUUAAAAUUCAAAGACAAUCACAUAUGGAUAGAUGGCUUCAAAAAGCAAAGUCUAAGACUCCAGAAAAGUCACAUAGACUUCAAAUUGUCCCCCUAAAAGUAGAAAAGAAAGAAACAAAAGUGAGUGGUGCUAAAAAGAGCAAGAAGUCACCCAAACCUAGUAUACCUUUGUCAGAAAAACCUUACAGUUUCAGAAGAUCUGCCAAUGAAUCUCAAAAAAUAUUAUCAAACAUAGAACCUGAUUGCAACCCUAAUUUGGAAUUUGCUCCUAGUUUAAAUUCUACUUUAAAUAAAAUUGGUAAUGACAGUUGUGACGACGUUAUGAAUAUUGAUGAAUUGCAGAAUGGAAUUGUAGUUAUUGCUAAAGUUGAGAACCUGAGUGAUAGUGCUCCUGAGAGUGAAAUAAACAAUGAUAAUGAAGGUAGUGUUGAUUCAGCUGUUACAGUAGAAACUAAUAAAAGUGCAACUGAAAAUAGCAAUUCAAAAAUUCAUAUGGCAAGUGAAGUACACAAUGAUAGAAAGUUUUCUGAUAAGCUAGUUAGUGAAUCAGUUUCUUCGUACUCUGAAAUUGACAGUGAAAUUAUGACGAAUAAUACUAAUUCUUUAGAUAGUAAUAAUAUGGACAUAUCAUCCAUUGAAGAGAAUGUUAAUCAAGAUGUGAAUGAGAUCAAAAGGCAUUUUUUAGUAAAAGAUACAAAGCAAAAGCCUGUGACGUGUGAAUUAAGUCAUGAACUGUUAAACUUAACAAAUGGUGGCAUUGAUGACCAUAAUGAGACUGAAAUGUCUUCCAAAGAUUAUAAUUUAAAGAAACUGGAACCCACAACAAAUAGUGUUAACAAAGACAGUCAAGACGAAGAUGUAAAGAAUGUCUUUCAGAGUUCUGGAGUUUCCAAACAUGUUUGUAGAGACCCACAAUUCAAAACAUAUUUGGAGCUGAGGCAAGACGACUUAAUAGAUCAAAAUCCAGAACUAAGUAAGGAUGAAAUUGUAGAAUAUUUGCACAAAACUUGGUUAUAUGAAGAAAAUAGAACUGAAUGUGAUGGCAGAAAUGAUGAUUACAAUCAACCUAGUUCAGUUAAGAAAUCUAAUACUAAAUCCAACAAAAAGAAACAACCACAAAGAAGCAGGUGGAAGAAGAAUAAUAAGUCGUUUGAACCUAAUGAACACAGUGAUGAAAAUAUAAAACUUGAAGAGACUGAAGAAAGCACUGAAUUAUCAGAAAUGAUAACCAAUAGUUCAAAUGAGAUGAAUCAUUCCGAAGAUCUGCUAAAUACUGAUAAUGAUUUAUUAAUCGAUGUAGAAAAAGAAUCUAAAACUGACAUUGUAACUGACCUAGAUUCAAUUCAUAGUAUUUGUAACAAAAAAUCUAAUGAAACAAUCGAGAUGGAUAUUUCCGAAAAUCUGCCAAAUAGUAUAGAUAUAAAGAAAGAAUCUAUGGCUGAUAUUAUAAAAGACUCAGAUGACAUCCAUAAUAUUUCUAGUAAAAUAUCAAAUGAAACAAUUGAAAACAAACUUUCCGAUGAUAGCAACGUAUAUAAUCAUCUGCCUAGAUUGAGCAAAGUGAAUGAUAUUGAUCUAGAUGAAAUUAAUAAAAACAAAACAUUUAACGAAAAUAUUUCAUGUGGACAAGAUUCAAAGGACGAUAAAAUAGUUGUUACUACUUCAGAAAGUGUGAAGGACACUUUACACGACGAUGAUAAAUUAUGUGAAAAUGGUAAACUUGUGUCAAAGGUUUUUUCAAGUGAAGGCGACAGUGAUAGACGUGAGAUAAGAGAGAGAAAUGAACAUGGAAACUUAGAUGAACAUAAUUUACACAGACAAGAAAAAUAUGAGACAAAAGCCGUGUAUUCUAUUUCAAGUGAUGAUUUAUUUUCAAAUAACAAACCAGUAGAAGUCGGAGUUAAUGAACAAAGUGAUGUAGAAAUUAUUGCAAAUAAAGAACAAAAUGACUUAAAAUCUGAAACUGUACUCAAUUUUUCUUCAAUACCGCAAGAUAAAUAUGAUGACGACUCAAGUUGUGAUUCUAUAGAUAUUUCUUACGCAAUAUCACCUCUGAGUGUUAAAGGAGAUGACGCCGAUGAUCCGAAUAUUGAGGAUUUAAAUAAUGUUACGGAUAAUAUUGAAAGUAAUGUUACUCAAACCAACGACAUUGAGAAAAAUACAACUAUAAAUGGUAUUAUAGAUAGUAAUUUUACUAUCAUAAAACAAGCUGCAAAUGUAACAGAUAUGUCUAAUAAAGCUGGCCCCAAAGAAAAUAUUGUAUCUAAUGAAUCAACUAUACAUGAUCAACCAAAGACUGAAACACUUCCUAAUAAAGAAACAGCUGCUAGCAUAGAACACUCAGAAGUAAACAAAAAUGGCACACAUGUUUCGAAAUCUGUUGAAGAUUUUGAAGGUGAUAAUUUAUCAGUUCAUUCAGAAGAUAGCGAACCUCUUUCCGUAACUAAAAAUAAAAUAAGACUUAAACGAAAGGAGCGAGUGAACAAAUUUGCAGAUCCCGAAUUCGUUACGUAUCUCGAGAUGAGACAGGAUGAUAUCGCGGACGAACAUCCUGAGCUGAAUGAAGACGAAAUUGUCGAAUAUUUGUAUAAAACUUGGUUGUACGAAGAAGAUUCAAAGUCUGAUAUUCAAAAGACUGAUGACAUUGUUCAAUCAAACUUGAUUAAAGGCCUUGGAGAAUCGAAAUCAGCAACUAAGAAAAGAAAAACACGUGAAACUAAAGAAAAGAAAGUUGAUAACGAGACUUGCGAUGUAGAAACUGCGUCUUUAAAGUCGGAAGAAAGUACAUCAAUCAAAAGAUGGCUUCGUCCAAAAAAAUAUACUUCUAAACUUUACGCAGAUUUUGAUAGCAGUAGAGAUUCUAGUCCAGUAAUAACCGACGAAACUACUGAUACUUUUUCCGUAGACAGUGAAGAAUAUAGAACAAAUAAUUCAACACCAAGUGAUGAAAUAUCAAAACCAAUAAAAAGAACAAAUAGUAAACUUUCAUUAAAAAUACGUCCAUUGACACUAAAAUCCACUAAUACAGAAGUGAGCAAACCAAUUGACUUACAAAAUGGCGACGUUAAAAUUGAUUUAAUAAAAGCGUCAAUACCAGAAAUGGUCAAUGGUUUUAACGAAGCAGAAGUUAUUGCAGAAGUCAAGGAAGAAUUUGAUCUUGAUACUGUUUCAGUUAAGUCUGAAGACAGCGAAAAAUCUCUAUCGAAACGUAAACAAAAAAUUAAAUUCGAUAGAAAUAUAGAUGAUCCCGAAUUCGCUAAAUAUUUAGAGUUAAGGCAAGACGCGUUAAUUGACGAAAAUCCGCAACUGACUCAUGAAGAGGUUGUUAGCUAUAUGUACAAAACCUGGCUUUAUGAGGAAAGUGUUAAAUCUGAUUUGAAGAAAUCUGACGAAAUUGAACAAUCUAAUUUAGUUAGAGGCAUAAAUCAGGAUAUUGUUAUGCCUAAAAGAGUAAAAAAGAAAGUCAAAGUAGAAGAUGAUAUUGAUGAGCCAAUGCAGACUAAACCUAAACGUAAAAUAAUGCAACAGUGUUAUAAUGAAGAUUACCCUGACUUGGAAGAUGAGAUAGCAAUAUUUGAAAUUAUGAAGAAUUCUCCCACAGUAGAAAUGAACAAAUUGGAUUUGAAAGAGAAAUCUAAAGAAGUAAAGGGAAAAAAAGAAACAACAGAAGAACAAUCAGUUAUUGAAAUAGAAGAAGUUGUAGACGAAGUUGAAUUAUAUUUUCAAGAAUUGUCUAAGCCUAAACCAAAUGUAUUCAAAGGCCUUCUUAGGGAGAAAGUAUGCGAAAUUUGCGAAAAAGUUGGCAGUUUAAUCAAAUGUAAAAGUUGUAAUGGAAUGUUUCAUCUGGACUGUGUUAAACAUGAGACAGAAUCAGUUGAAACUAAAGCGUCUGUGCCGAGUAGAGGUAGAAAGAAAAAGAAGAAAAAGCCCGGACGGCGGCCGAAGAAUCUAGAAGAUUCUGGAAGCAUGAGCGACGAGAAAUCGCAAGAUGUUUCAGCGGAAAAUAUGUCUACAGAGGACAUCAUAGAGCCUGAAUCCCGCACGGUUGACGCUGAGAAUUUCGAAACACAACUAUCUGCAAAAAUGAAAGAAUUAUUAGAAAGCACAGAGAAAGAAAUACAUUACGAUUCUUACUCCAGCGACGACGGCAUAGAUUGGGACAAUUCUAUAGCGGGCAAAUGCGAAAUCGUCGACAUAAUACUGAAACCGAAAAGCCAAAACACAGAUUUCAAAUGUAACAAUUGUCAAAAAUACGACACUCCCGUGUGUUUUGUGUGCAAAAUGGCCGCGUCCAAAACUGGUGUGGAAUACAGGCAGCGUUGUCAAGUGACUCAUUGUAAUAAAUACUAUCAUUUGGAGUGCUUGGACCACUGGCCUCAAACUCAGUUUACGUCAAGUGAAUCGCGUAAUAAAAAGACAAAUGAAGUGUUUGAGUCACACAUGUGUCCGAGACAUGUGUGUCAUACUUGUGUGUGCGAUGACCCAAGGGGUUGUAAGACUAGGUUUAGUGGUGACAAGUUGGCGCGGUGUGUGCGUUGUCCGGCCACGUACCACUCGUUCACCAAGUGUCUUCCAGCCGGCACGCAGAUAUUGACUGGAUCGCAUAUCAUAUGUCCACGUCAUUAUGAGCACAGGCCCGGGAAAGUGCCCUGUCACGUGAAUACGGGUUGGUGUUUCAUAUGUGCUUUGGGAGGGACACUCAUAUGCUGUGAAUACUGCCCCACGUCGUUCCACGCCGAGUGCCUUAACAUUAGCCCACCGGAGGGUAAUUACAUGUGUGAAGAUUGCGAGACGGGUCGACUGCCAUUGUAUGGGGAAAUGGUCUGGGUGAAGCUAGGACAUUACAGAUGGUGGCCCGGACUAAUCCUCCAUCCGACAGAGAUUCCGGAUAACAUAAUGGCGGUGAAACAUUCUCCGGGAGAGUUCGUAGUAAGAUUCUUCGGGCAGUACGAUCAUUAUUGGGUCAAUAGGGGACGAGUGUUCCCCUUCCAGGAAGGUGAUUCUGGCAAAAUAUCCAGUCAGAAAUCAAAAAUCGAUGCGGCGUUCACGACGGCCAUGGAGCAUGCGCAGAGAGCGUGCCAAAUACUUAAAAAAGCCCAAGAGAAUGAGGAGGAAUCCCUCGAUAUUGCAUCUUCUUUACUCCCGCCGCAUUACGUCAAACUGAAGGUCAACAAGCCCUAUGGUUCCCUGGUCAAUAGGAAAGUGGAAAUCGAAGAGAGUUCGCUGACUCAGUGCGAUUGCGACCCCAACGAUAGCGAUCCGUGCGGGCCUUACACUCAGUGCCUUAAUAGAAUGUUACUAACAGAAUGCGGUCCAAUUUGCCGUGCGGGCGACAGGUGUAACAAUCGCGCGUUCGAGAAGAGGCUGUACCCCAAACUGGUCCCCUAUCGCACCCCCCACAGGGGGUGGGGGUUGAAAACUUUGGAGGAUAUCAAAGCAGGCCAAUUCGUAAUAGAGUACGUGGGGGAACUCAUAGACGAGGAGGAGUUCCGGCGCCGCAUGGCGCGCAAACACGAGAUCAGAGACGAGAACUUCUACUUCCUCACUCUGGACAAGGAGAGGAUGAUCGAUGCCGGGCCCAAGGGAAAUCUGGCUAGGUUCAUGAACCACAGCUGUGAGCCCAACUGUGAGACACAGAAGUGGACGGUGCUGGGUGACGUGCGCGUCGGUCUGUUUGCUGUCGGCGACAUCGCCGCUAAUAGCGAAGUGACGUUCAACUAUCUGUUGGAGUGUGCGGGGAUCGACAAGAAGAAAUGUAUGUGCGGGGCCAAACGCUGCGCCGGAUACAUCGGGGCCAAACCCAAACAGGACGAAUCACAACCAAAAAAGAAUAAAAUCGCAGCAAAAAGGACAUACAAGAAGCGGAAAAACACAGAAGAAUCGCCGUCUACGAAAUGCAAGCCAAAAAGGCCAGUAGGACGACCCGCUAAGCCGAAGGAAUUGACGGAAAUUGAAAAAGACUUGCUCAUCAUUAAAAGUGCUACUAACGGAUUGUCCAGUGACUCUGAGUGUAACAGUAGGCUAAGUAGUGUGGAGGGAGACAGAAAUAGCAAAGCGUUGAAGAGGAAAAGAGUCAGCUUUUCUUCGGAAGAUAUAGUUUUGAAUUACCCUAGUGUCAAAAAGGUGAAGUUGGACGUGGAAAAGGGUGAUUUUGACUGAGUAGGUUUAAUUAGAUUUUGUGUUGUAUGAAAUUGGAUGGCGCUGUUCAUAUUGGAGGGAAAAAUGAGUGUGAAAUGUGACGGUCAGUGGUCUGUUUUUUGUUAUAUCUAUCUGUCAUAAGAGCGUGUUCUCAUCAU